GCGUUUGACACGCGUUCGUCUUUACGUGCACGCAACCAUCUGAACUUUGCCUAAUAUUGUCAAAUGACUUUCGUUGUUUUAUGUUUUAUAUUAUACCUGGGUAUAAACCUUCUUAAAGGAUCCUACCAUGUUUUGUGUAAUCUGUGGUUUUGUAACCGCCCUGGAAAUACAAAUAUUUUUAUGCAGAUUGCAGGCAUUGCGUACAUUAUAAGUUUUAACUAUUUUUAUUUAAAUGAUUGAUAUAAAGACGAAUGCGCAAGUUUGGUGUGUCUUAUGUCGAUAUAAUAAAUUAUAAGUCAUGGGAAAGGAUAUAAAUGAGACACUUAUUGGAAAAAUUGAUGAUGGCGAUACGGAGGUUCGCAAAACAGCACAAGAAAUGGAUGUUAUUCGGCAAAGAACCAUUGCAUAUGAGUAUCUUUGUCGUUUGGAAGAAGCCAAAACAUGGAUGGAAGCUUGUUUAAAAGAGUCGUUACCUCCAGUUGUUGAAUUUGAGGAAUGCUUACGGAAUGGCGUUUACCUGGCUAAGUUGGGCCAUUUUAUUGCUCCUGACUUACUUCCUUGGAACAAAAUAUACGACAUUGAUCAACAUCGUUACAAGGCUAUGGGUCUACAGUUUAAACAUACUGAUAAUAUAAAUAAAUUUCUACAAGUAUUGAAGAAAACUGAAUUACCUGUGACCUUCCAACCAGAAACGACAGAUAUUUAUGACAAUAAGAAUAUGCCAAGAGUAAUUUACUGCAUCCAUGCAUUAAGUUCCCAUUUAUUUAAACUAGGAAAAGCACCUAUAAUUCAUGAUGUCUUUGGAAAAGCUGUUUUCACAGGUAAGAAUGACUUAACAUCAAAAGACUUGCAAAAAUGCAAACAUCCUUUACCAAUGUUUCAAAAAAUCAGUGGCAUCCUAUCAAACAAUAGCAUUGAUCAUAAUGCAAGUACCCACAAAGCAUUACAAGAACUAAAUGAUUUGCUAGAUACAGAAAAACCAAUAACAACUGCUUUAUUGAAUCCUCAGCUCAAACUGAAAUAUGUCCAAAACCGGUUAAUAGAUACCUACAAAGAUGUUUUGAAAAAUGCAAAACAUGAAAAAGUUCAAGUGGCCCAUAAUCAUUCCCUUAAUGACAGUUAUAUCCCUGAUGAUUAUGAUGAAAUGUUGACAUUGGUGGAAAUUCAAGGACACAUAACUUCUACAAACUAUAAGUUCCUGUGGAAAUCUUUGUGUUCAGCUUGCCAUAGAAAUGAUAUUAAUAGUUUACAUAAGAUAUUUAAUGAAGAGUGGGUUAAAUUAAAAGACUACAGCCCUAACAACCUUGACUUUUACUGUGAUGUGGUCCAGGAAUUGACAGAAAAUAGUAAAGAUGUUGAUGUAGAGAGUAUCACAAAUUGGCAUAAAAUAUUUCAAAGCAUAAUUUAUGACGGUAAUAACAAAUCUCUUGAACAUGAUGGUCAUAAAUCAGCCAUAGCCGCUGUAAACAAGGCAUUAGAUGAAGGAAACCCUGAUGAUUUAUAUGUAGCUUUAUCAAAUCCAAAAUUGAAACUUAAGUUUAAAAUCAACAAAUUUGCUAUGCCAUUAUUACAUGAAGAGAUGAGAUUGGAAAAAUGUGAAUUGGAUAAAAAUCUUAAUGAGAGUGAAAUAGCUGCAUCUGUGUCCUAUUUGACUUCAAUAGCCUCUAUUUCUGAAGCAGUUGAAAGAGGUGAUGAAGUAGCAGUUUGGAAUUCCCUUAAUUCUAAGCAAAUACAUUUAGAAAUGUUGCGUCCACAUUGUCGCCGCCGAUAUUUUUCAGCGUUAGUUUCUGCUCUAGAAUUUAAAUUCAAAGAACAAUGUGAAUGCCCUUUGUUAACAUUGGAGGAUGUAAGAGACACAAUUGAAAUGGUUAACAUGAAAGAUGACAAUAAUGAUGAGUUGAUACAAGUUGUUGAUUGCAUAAACAAAGCAGUGUCAGAAGAAAAUGUUAACACUUUAAUAGCAUUGUUGAAGAGCCCUUGUCUUAAACUGCCACUAUCACUACAUAAAGAAGAAUAUCAUUUAUAUAUGAGAACAUUGAAGAAAAGGCUGUUAAACAAAGAAUCUCAAAAUCUUUGGCUGGAUGAUAUUGUUCAAGCUAUUAAUGAUGUUAAUGUUGAAUCAUUGAAAGUGAAGGAACUAACUGAUGCAAUUGUUGAAUUGAAUUUGGCUGUAAUUAAAAAUGAUCUGAAUACAUUUUGGAAAAUGUUGAUGUGUCCACUUCUCUCUGAUUCAAGCUCAGUUGAUAGUUCCUGUAAGGAGGUGUAUUUUCAAAUGUUUUCUAAAGCCAUAAAAAAGAAAGGACAUUAUAUUUGCCCUUGGAUAGUGUGCCAUACAGAAGCUGGUAAUACUGUCUAUAUUGAUGUAGAAUCUUACACGUACAGUUGGACGACACCAAAAGACUUUGUACCUCACGCACGCUACUUGACGAAGAAAGAUAUUAAAGCUAUUAUAGAAAAAACAAAUAAACACCACAUCAAUUCAUAUAAACAGAUGCAUUUUGAGAAAACAUUAAUUAAAUUCCAAGCUCAUUGCAAAGGUUAUUUAAUGAGACAAAAGAUUGAAAGAUACAAUUAUUUUAAAUAUAAUAUAGGAUCAAUUAUAAAAAUACAAUCAUGGUGGAGGCGGAUUUUGAUUCAAAGAAAAUAUGGGACUUUGAUUAAAAUGAAAGCUAUUGAAGCAAAAUUGAAGCAAGAAAGAAAAUUAAAUCCUUUAGCUUGGUACAAAGUGCAAGAACAAAAAAUAGUCAAAAUACAAGCUAUUUGGCGUGGACGGCGUGCGCGAGAAGCCUUCACUUCUCUGUUUCACUCUCCCAAUCCACCCUUACGAGUUGUUAAGAAAUUCAUACAUAUGCUAGAUUUUACCACAGACGAUUACGACAGAGAAAUCGAACUUCAGACAUUAAAAUCUGAAGUUGUUCAGUCAAUUCGAAAAAAUCAGGAACUAUCAAAGCAAAUUGAUGACAUGGACCUAAAAAUUGGUCUCCUAGUACAAAAUCGUAUUGCUUUGCAAGAGGUUGCUGCUCAUGGCUUGAAACUGAACAAUUUAGUGAAACAUAGUUCUAUGAAUAAAUUGACUGUAAACAAAGAUGCAAAGGGGUCCUUAGCCACUAUCACAACUGCGGUUAAGGGUCUAAAAUCUCUUACUAAAGAAAGCAAAAGGCUCUUAGACGGCUACCAACAUUUAUUCUAUGAAUUGCAGACAAAUCCUACAUAUUUAUCUAAACUUUUGUUUUGUAUACCACAAAAUAAAACAAAUUCUUUUCUGCAAAAUGUCGUUCUGAGUCUUUAUAAUUUUGGCGCAUAUACAAGAGACGAAUAUCUGUUGUUAAAAUUAUUUAGAUUUACUUUAGAGGAGGAAAUUAGCUGUAAGGUCACGAAACCUUUCGACAUCAUAGCAUCCACACCUUUGGUCCUUAAAAUGGCAGUCAGUUUGUCGAGACAAUUAUCUGGUUUAAAUAGCCUUCAAACCAUAAUAGGACCUCUAGUGGAAAAAAUUAUACAGGAUAGAGAGUUAAACAUUGAAACAGGUCCAAUAGAAAUUUAUAAAGCUUGGAGAAAUGAGACUGAAAUGAAAACGGGCCAAAUUUCAAAACUGCCAUACUCGGUGACCCAAGAAGAAGCUCUUAAUUAUCCUGAAGUUAAAACUCGUUUAGAAAAGGCACUCACCCAAUUAAAAGCGGUUGUAUCCAUGUUUUUGGACAAAAUAACAUCAUCCACGGAUUUAUUACCCUUCUGUAUCACAUACAUGGCAAGGGUUUUACACAGAUCACUAACAUCGAAAUUCCCCCAUACACCCGAAAAAGAUGUUUUAAAGGUGAUUGGAAAUCUCGUUUACUAUCAAUUCUUUAAUGCUGCUAUAGUGGCCCCUGAUGCGUUUCAUAUAAUCAACAUGCCAAAUGGCAGCUGCCUCACUACUGACCAAAGAAAGAAUCUCGCAUCCAUUGCUAAAAUUUUGCAUUUCUCAGCAGCUAAAAAGGGGUUCGGUGAGGAGUCAAGUCACCUCCGUUGUCUGAAUCCUUUUAUAGUGGAAUGUCACGAGAAAAUGAAAGAGUUGUUCAGACGAUGUUGUCGCGGUCCGACACUAGAAGAAUAUUUUGCGGUCGACGAAUAUACGGAAGCUACUUUACUUAAUCAUCCACAUAUUUAUAUUACUAUUCAAGAAAUUGUAGACACUCAUGCCCUCCUUAUAGAAUACCAAGAUGUGAUUGCUCCAGAUCCAGACGACCGGCUAAAUGAUUUGCUUGAUGAGCUAGGAGAAGUGCCCAGUGUAGCACAACUUGCUUCCAGAGAUGUUACUAUGCAAGUGGGUGAUUGUGAGGAAAAUGCCCGUUUGGAAGUAUGUUUGGCUCUUGUAAAUAAAUUCCAAGCGCCUACUGACGACAUGACUGAUUUGAAUAAACUUUUUAUUAAAACUAAAGAGUUGUGCGUCGCUAUAAUUCCCUUUUUAAACGGUGAACAUUUACUGGAAGCAAUAUGUAUUGGCACUACAAAAGAACAACAAGAAAAAUACAAUGAAAAAGUACAAAGGCGGAUAUAUUCAGGACAAGCGAGACCCGACGAAGCGAUGUCAUUACGUGAGCAUAUCGCAAAAUUGCGAAGAAAUUUGCAAAUGUUAGAAGAUGAAGGCUAUGUAACCAGAGAGGAUGGAUACCAAGCCCUAAUAACAUCCAUAGCUUUGGAUUUGUGUAACAAAGGGAAGUAUAGACAAGCUCAAAGGCGCGCUUUAGCAACCUUGACGCGAACAAAACAGAGUCUCAUGGAGAAGACAAAGUAUUAUGAGGACAAGUGUAAGUCAUAUGACCAGUAUAUUAAAUCAUGUCUUGCUAAUCUUCAUGCUGGGAAAAGGAGUGUUCAUGCGUGCUUGCGUAGGUCAGGGAAGGAUGUGCAAAAAUUGAAAUCGAAAUUAACAGUUAAGUACUCAGGUGCUAAGUUGUUGGAAAGAGGCAUUCUAUUAGAGAUUGACGGACUUUCAACAUCACAGUUUAAAAACGUCCAAUUUGAAAUUACUCCAACAGAUCAUAAUGGUGUCUUUACCAUUAAAGGGAAGUUUAUGGGAGUGGAGAUGGAAUCUGUUGAUAUUGAUAUUCAAGAUCUUUUGCAAAAGCAAUAUGAAGGCUGUGCGAUAAUGGAUAUGUUUGGCAAAGCCAAAAUAAAUGUUAAUUUAUUAAUUUUCCUAUUGAAUAGUAAGUUUUAUAAAUAAUGUUAUCAUUAAAGCUUUGACGAAUGGAUUAGCUCGAACAUGUGGAGAUCUGGGCAAGAUCAUCUCAUUAUUAACGACAUAAUACAAUGCUACAAGAGAAGCACAAUCAAAGUAUGGCAGUUUCGUAUACUUUUGGUCAAACAAAAUAAUGUGUUUGUUUAAUAUAUAAGAGAUAAACUCGUCGUAAAAAUCACAACUCAGGUCGUUAUUAGUAGAUUUUCUCAGUAACAAUAUGAUCUUGGCCAAACCGAGAGUUACUCCAUAAUAUUAUACAUAAUUGAAUGAAUGAAUUUAAUGGUAUAUUAGUUGUGAUAUUAUUGUAUUAAGCUUUUUUUAUUUUUAAACAGUAUUGGUUAUGCUAGGUGCUUUACUUUCGUAAUUAUUAUUUUAGUUAAGUUUUUUUUUUCAAAGACCAUUAUCCGUGAUCCAUAAUGUCGCAAAUCAACUCCAGAAAAUAGAUUGUAAUUAAAGUUGAAAAAACAGCAACACAAAUGUUCUGUUACAUCGAAAAGCCCAAAGAUCAAUGGUAGAAUAAUUUUUGGUAAAAAUUUAAUCUAUGGGUUUAUAAUGUAUACAAAUUAAUUUAAUUAUAUAAGUUGAAAUAAAAGUCUAUUUUAGUUAAAGCAAUAGAAAAAGAACUCACUUUCAAAUAUCAAAUAACUAUUAUCAAGUACCAUUUUUCACAAUCCAAGUGUUGCCAAUAUAGCAUAUUCAACAUUUGCUAUAUUUGGCUUAUAGACGCCACCUAUUAUUCUCGUCGAAUUUCAUAUAUGAAAGGCUUUGCCAUUAUUAUUAAUGUUAAAUCCAUGUAACGUGUUUUUCUUUCGUGUGAUUUUGCUGUAUUAGUCGUGAACUAAACAGAAAGGUCAUAAACAGUAGUGGCGAGAAGCAAUAUAUUGAGUCCCGAUUUUGAGUUUAUACCAUAUAUUUAAUAUAAGCAAGUUAAUUGAAAUACCGGCACUAAUUUAAAAAUAUAUAAGCCACUCCUAUCUUUCUUAUAAAAAGGAGAAAUAUAAUGUUUUUAUUUAGUGUAAUUGUUAUCGUACUGGUCAUUGCAUACAAACCUAAGCAUCAGGUAUGAUAAGUAUAAGGAAAAAGGAUGAAAAAAAGGUGGAUUUGCAUUGUUCGAUAUCACCAUUAAUGUGUUAAAUUUUAAUUUUAUUUUGUGUACCUGUCCCCAAUGGUGUAAAGUCCCAUAUUUCUCACUGCGUGUUGCAGAGUACAUAAUGCAUGUUGAAAGGUUCUCAACAUUUAAACAAAAUUUUCAGCAGCAUCGUUGAUCAACAGUACCUUAACUAAUUCUACUUUACCAUGAAUACCAAUGUUUCAGUUUUUUUGUGACAUAGCUUUACAAUCUGAUUACGCAAUUUAGUACCUUAUUUACACCAAAAAAUUAUUUAAAUUAUGUACUCAUCUCAAACCUUAUUCUUGGUUUUUAUAUUAAGUGAUGAUUACACUGUAUGUUUAAUUUAAUGUACAUGAUAGUUAGUAGCACUAUAUGUACUGUAUAUUAUAAUCCUAUAUAUGUAUGUUCAAUAAUUACAUAUUGAAUUUACCCUUUUUUGGUUCUUUAUUAAUAUUUAAAGGUACAACUUAUGCACUAAUAUUUUUUUUAGUUUUAAGAUGCAUGUAUUAAAUUACUAAUAAUUAGAAGACCUUAGCGUAUUUUAAACUAAUCUAAUCAUUAAUUAUGUAAUGUUUUUAUAUAUUUCGUACAAUAAAUGAGGCUAAUUUUGC